GUGGAAUUGGAAAUUCCACCUCUUUUAACUAAAAUAUGGAAGAGGAGAGGGAGCUCCUCUCAUUGCGUUUGCAUCGUUGGGUUUCAUGGAACGCAGUCCAAAUAUUCGAUAAAAUGUCACAAUGAGUAGGGAUUCUGCUGUAGGGUUUAAUGGACCUCGUCCAUUCUCUUCCUCCGUUGUUUUUGGCUUGCAAGCUCAUUUUCCUCCACGUUAGUGCAUUUGGUUCAAUGGACACGUUUCUUCAGUCUACAAUGUUCAAAAGUAGGCUACUAUUGUCAAUGUUUGUUGGUGAAGAAGAUAAGAAAUAUAGUUGAAAAAAAUCUCAGUUUACUUGUCAAAAGUCUUAGCUCCUUGUGGACUUUUCUAGCUUAAAAAUAUAACCACAUCCCACAUAAGUUUCAUUUCAAUGAUGAUUACAGAACCAGUAUGGAUUUUCGAAAGUUGUUCCUGUGUUCUUCUCUUCUAGUCCUCCAUUUCGCAUUUUCUUCUUCCAAAGACACCAUAACUAUGAACCAAACCAUUCAUGAUGGUGACUUUCUGAUCUCUAGAGAAAAUAAUUUUGCAUUAGGAUUCUUUAGCCCCGGAAGUUCCAGUUUUAGAUAUCUUGGAAUCUGGUACCAUAAAGUCCGAGAGCAAACUGUGGUGUGGGUAGCAAAUAGGGAUAAUCCAAUCAAUGGUUCCUCGGGAGUUCUAUCAAUUGACCAAUAUGGAAAUCUCGUUCUCCGUAGCUACCAUAGCCAGAAGGUUCCUGUAUGGUCUACAAAUGUCUCAGUUGAGGUUGCAGAUACUUGUGUUAUAGCUCAGCUCUUGGAUACAGGAAAUUUGGUUUUGUUCCACGAUAGAAGUAAAAGUACUGUGUGGGAAAGCUUUGAUCAUCCUACGGAUACUAUACUGCCAGGAAUGAAACUUGGAUUGAACCAAAGGACAGGCAUGAAACUUUUCACUUCGGAUCAACCCAAAAGGAUCACCACAGGUCUUUAUCUAUUGGGGUAUAAAAUAUAUUUGGCGAGGCUUUCCUUGGCCCUUGAAAAGUUAUAUAGAUAUAUCCAAUGUUAGUUUUGUCAACAAUCAAAAUGAGACAUAUAUGACCUACUCUGUUUCUGAUGCUUCUGUUAUCCUAAGGGUAAUGUUGGACUAUUCAGGACUAGUUAAGAAUCUAAUUUGGCAUGAAAAAGAUGGCAAAUGGAAUGAAUUCUGGUCGGUACCAAAAUCUCCGUGUGAUCCAUAUGGGCGUUGUGGUACCUAUGGAAUAUGUGAUCCUCACUUUUUUAGUCGAAGAUUUGAAUGUGAUUGUUUACCGGGGUAUGAACCCAAGUCCCCAAGUGAAUGGAAUAUUCUAAAAGAUGCAUCAGGCGGGUGUGUCAGGAAGCGACUAGAGUCUACCUCAUCAUGUGGCCAUGGAGACGGAUUUGUGAAAGUGGCAAAUGUUAAAGUACCUGACACUUCAGCAGCAGUUUGGGUGAGCACGAAUAUGAGUCCAAGGGACUGUGAAAAGAAUAUCAUGAGGAAUUGUUCAUGCUCUGCAUAUGCAAGCAUAGAUAUUGCUGAGAAGGAGACUGGCUGUUUGACAUGGUAUGGCAAAUUAAUGGACACUGUACAUAAUAGGGA